AAUGUCAUACAAAUUCUAUACACGGAACCAGAAUACAAAUGAGAAUGCAUCAGAAUAUAUUGCACAGUUGCGUAAGAUUAGCUCUAAAUGCAAUUUUAUGGAAUUAGAACGGAUGUUACGCGACCGACUUGUGUGUGGCAUGAAAGAUCGUCGUCUACAGUACGAACUUUUAAAAAAAGAUAACCUUCGUUAUCAAGACGUUGUUGAUGCCAUGCUAGCGGCCGAAACGGCGGGAAAAGACUGUCACAUGAUCCAGUCCUCUACAAAUACAGACAGCAGCAGCAUAAGUUCAAACACUGCAACAAAUACAAAUCAAAGUCCUUCAGUGGAACCCAUGGAUAUUAAUGCAGUACAGACCAAGACAAACAUACGACUAUGUUAUCGGUGUGGGGAUCGUCAUGGUGGUGAAUGCAGAUUUAUUAACGCCACUUGCCGAUUCUGCAAGAAAAUUGGUCACAUUGAGAAGAUUUGCUUAUUAAAAAAGAAGUCUAAGAAGAACAUUAAUUUCACGGAUGAGGAAAUACCUACACGCUUGAAUGGUAUCUACAGUAUGCAAUGUGAAACAAAAGUAGCACCAUUUGUGAUUGAAGUUAUAUUGGAAGGCAUACCUGUAAUACUUCAGGUGGACACAGGUGCAAGUUUCUCAAUAGUGAAUGAAUACACUUGGAAGAAGAUAGAACAUCAAAACCGACACAUCAUUCUUCAACCAGUAUCACUUACUUUACGCACAUGGACAGAUACGCCUGUCAUGUUACUCGGCCAAACUAAGUUACAAGUUCAAUACAAAGACAUCAAAUGUACCUUAAAUGUGAUUGUAGCAAAAGGGUGCGGUCCCAAUCUUCUGGGACGGGACUGGUUGACUCCGUUGAAUAUUGCACUAAACAUUAAUUUUAUGUCAAAUAGUGAUCUUAUGAACAUUGACAAGACAAUUUCUAAAUACAGUGACAUCUUCAGAGAUGGACUUGGCACAUUUACUGGAGAUCCUAUUACUAUACAUCUAAAACCUGGUGCUACACCUAGAUUUUUAAAAGCUCGUCCUGUACCGUACGCUAUCAAAGCUAAAGUUGAAAAGGAGAUUGACCGCCUGGUGGCAGAAGGUGUACUACAGCCAUUGUCCUUUUCCGAGUGGGCGACACCUGUUGUGCCUAUAUUGAAGAAGUCAGGAGAUGUCCGAUUGUGUGGAGAUUAUCGCAGUACUGUCAACCAAGCUACAGAAUCAGACACGUACCCUAUGCCAUCAGCAAAUGAGAUAUUUGCUACAGUUGCAGGAGCAAAGUUUUUUACAACCUUAGAUCUUGAUCGAGCAUACACUCAAGUAAAAGUUAGUGACAGCACAUCAAAAAUAUUAACUUUAAACACUUGCAAGGGUCUUUACUCAGUCCAUCGGUUACCUUUUGGAGUCAAAGCUUUACUUCUAAUGGCAGAAAAACUAGAAGAUUUUCCUUGCUCUGCUCAUGAGAUAGCAUCUGAAACUAAAAAGGACCAAACACUCUCACGAGUUGUUCACUUUCUACAGUGUGGAUGGCCCAACAAAGUUACAGAUAGAAAUCUAAGAACCUAUUGGCUACAUAGAACAGAAUUGUCUUUACAAGAUGGCUGUGUACUACUAGGAUGUCGUGUCGUCAUACCACAGCCUCUUCGACAAAGCAUCCUAAGCAUGCUGCACACCACUCAUAGUGGAAUUGUUCACACAAAGGCACUGGCCAGGAGUUAUGUGUGGUGGCCACAAUUGAAUGAUGACAUAAAUGAAUUAGUCAGCAAUUGCACUAGGUGUUUAGAAAAUAGACAUAUGCCUCCAAAAUCUUCACACGAGUGGGUCAUACCUUCAAGGCCAUGGUCUAGAAUUCAUAUAGACUUUGCAGGACCAUUUAUGAAUAAAAUCUUUUUUAUAGUCGUCGAUGCUUUUUCCAGAUGGCCAGAAGUUUUAACGGUAAACAACACAAAUUCCACAACGGUGAUUCACCAUUUAAGGAAUUUAUUUGCUACUCAUGGCAUAUGCGAAACCUUGGUAUCUGACAACGGCACUUCUUUUGUAUCCAGUGAAAUGAAGUCGUUUUUGGAAUCCAACAAAAUAAAACAUGUGACGUCCGCACCAUACCAUCCAGCCACUAAUGGUUUGGCAGAACGCAUGGUACAGACAGUAAAGGAAAAGUUACGGAAGAUGGAUGGACCAUGGGAAAUAAAAAUCCCGAACAUGUUGUUAGGCCUACGGGUUACUCCAUGCUCCACAACAAAGAAAAGUCCUUCCGAACUUUUGAUGAAUAGACGCCUUCGCACACUCAUGGAUACGCUACAUCCUGAUAAUAUACAACAUAAGAAAGUAGAAGCUCAAAUCAUAAGUAACGCUCAACAGAAAAACAGAGAGACUAAUGUGGGACAAAGAGUCAUGUACAGAAAUUACACAAACGGACCGAGAUGGUUACCAGGUCAAGUUGUUGAGAAAGGCGGCCCUUCCAGCUACAGAGUGCAAGCCGAAGAUGGUGCAGUUUUAAGGCGUCAUAUGGAUCAAAUCAUUAAAAUAAGAAAUAAAGAGGAAACAACGGAAACUCAUGAUAGAACUGAUGAAGAAAAAGAUAAUAGUUUAGAAGGAGAGAUAGAAAAUGAUCCUAUCAUUGAAAUACCCAGCUCUGAGAGAUGGGAAGAGAUAUUAGGAAUACCUAAAUCAGCAGAAAUAGACAUACCGGGGGGGAAAAUUAAAACUAAACGUAAUUCCCAUAAGAAGGUUCCAUAUUCUAGGCCAAGUGGUUCUAAUGAAAAUAUUGAUUUGAAUUUUGAAUGAUUGAUCUGAUUAUUGUAAACUGUUAAACUUUAAUUAAUUUGUAUUACUUACUUAGGGGGAAGGUAUGUCAUAUAUGGAAUCUACACCAUUUGUUUACCUUUUUGUAAAAAAGAUCAAUACAAGUGGGUAGAUAAAAAACAUGUGAUAUAAUUAUUAUGUGUCAUGUGCUACCAAGCUCAAUAAACGUGUUUAACCUUA